UCUUAAUGAUAACAAUAUUUUGUCAACCACAAAAAAACGUGACAGCAAGUUGCCAACAAGUCACACCCUUUCCUCCCGACAAUCAUACGACGUCGUAUAACCCUAAACGCCACCGCUUCAUCGACUUAACUAGGUCAUCUUCUUUACUUCAUACCCACUAUAAAUCAUGUCUUUGCUCCCCAAUUUCUCUUUCGCCCUUUCUUCCUCAUUCUCUCCCCUACUUUUAUUUUUCUCCCUUCUUUCUAAGGCGUUUCAACAAAAGGAAAAAGAAAAUGAAUAGGUGGGAAAUUCAACAAAAUUCCAUGGUGGUAGGUUGUUGUGAAGAGAUGAGGGGCCCUGUUGCAGUUUCGUUAUCGGAUCGUAAAGGUUCGGGUUCGGGUUCGGUCAUUGUUUGCCCUAAACCUAAACGAGUCGGGUUUUUAGCUAGUAAUCUUACCAUGUCCUUAAGAUGGCAACGAAGCCAAAAAGCAGAAGUAUAUGAUUCAAAAGCUCGAGCAGAGCUUCUAGACAUGAUUCUUAGAAAGCAGGAAGGUCAUGGUGAUGGAAAACACAUAGCAAAAGAGAUUGCAUCAUCACCCCCAUUUUUUUGUGGAUCACCACCAAGUAGAGUAUCUAAUCCAAUAGUUCAGGACGCCCAAUUUGGGGAUGAAAAUUUAUCUCCAUUAUCGACUUUACAACUCGCAUCGUCUCCUUCGACUACUGCAUCGCCUUCACCCUCACCAUCGGCUAUGAAAUCCGGUGGUGUUAGGAUGAAGUUUGGUCUCAAGUCGCCCACAGUUAGAGUAGAAGGUUUUGAUUGCCUUAGCAGGGAUCGCCAGAAUUCGAGCAUCACUGCUACGGCUUAGAAAGAACACAAGAACAAAUUCAUUUGGGUAACUGUAUAUAUACAAAAUCUGAAUCGAAGCGGCCAUUGCUCAAUCAAUUGCAGCAACAAAGUCGGGUUUUAAGAAAUUUUCGGGUUUUCUAUGGAGGAAAUAUAAUUUUUUUUGGUUUGUAGAAAAUUUGGUGAAGAGAAAUUUGUAUUUGGCAUUGUGUAUAUAGGAUGUGGUUGUUGUAGUAAAUCACAAAGAGAGGCAAAAAAGACCUUAUUAGAGGUAUUGGGUCUCUGUUCUUUUUGUACUAUAAAUGAGAGGAUUGUAAGAGGAAUUUGUAUAGAGAUGUCUGACAUUGUAACUUAUGUUGUAUAUAUAUGCUCAUUUGCUACCUUAUUAUAUGUAGUAAAAUCAUUGCUCUUUCUCUUGCUUUAAGAUGAGCAAUCUUUCAAUUCAUAUACAAAUCUUUUGUUCUCU